UCAACGCUGAUUGACAUUUAGGAAGCAAAGCGUAGCGUGUCAUGUCAGAGGCAUGCAAGACUCAUUCAUCACUUGACAGUUAACGAUAACAGUGUUCUGGCCGACUCUCAUCAACUCUUUUGUGGAAAAUGGGAAGGGAAAGCGACCUGAUCAAAGCAGUAAAGCACAAUGACGCUUCAAAAGUUCAGAAACUGCUGCUCCCGGAUAAAGGAUACAACGUGAAGCGAAACACAAACACGUGGUCAGAGAGUCCACUGGUCAGUCCGCCUGACCGUACCAAGUCUACUGGUGGACGUAUACGUCUGGAGCUGGGUCAUAUUGACAUAAACUGUCAUGAGCGGAAUACGGAAUACACACCUCUCAUUAUUGCGACGCUGAAUGGGUGUAAGGCUAUCGCCGAGACGCUCAUCUUUCACUCCGCUGAUGUUGAUGGCAGAGACAUAAAGGGCAACACAGCGCUACAUAUGGCCGUCUUCGCAGGGGAAACAGAGUUUGUGGAGUUGUUUUUACAGAAUGGCGCCUCGGUGAAUUGUCAGAACAACGAUGGCAACACCCCCCUCCAUAUUGCCUGUCAGAGUGAUGCUGAAAACAACGUGCCAAUUAUCCUCCGCCUCCUCAAUGGCGGGGCAGACAGUGACAAGCGAAACAAAAAAGGCAUCGGACCGUUGGAUGCUGCUGCAAUGUUCAAUAAAAAAGAUGCCGUGUCACUCCUCCUGGACCACGACCCACGCCUCCGGCUCAACUCCAUGGCCAUCGUGGAGGCGGCGACCAGAGGAACAAAAGAAAUUGUGGAGCUACUGUUGGAUUAUGGGAUAAGUCCGAACGGCAUUGAUGUCAUCAAGUGUACAGCACCUCUCCAUGAGGCUGUCAGGUUUCUCAGAUUUGAAGCAGUGAAGGUGUUACUUGCAUUCGGUGCAUCUACAGCUCUACAGAACACCAACAGGGAGACCCCAGAAAGUAUCGUCCGUGAGCUACCCAAAGCAAUGUGUGAUAAAUUUCUAGAUUUGUUUGAAGAGUACAAGAAGUCACUGCCCAGACUACCAAGGUUUUAUGGAGAAAAUGGCAAUGAGAAAACUAACACAGAAAUCUCAAAAGAUUAUCCUUUACUGCCGAGCAACAGCAAAUGGACCAAGAAUAUUCCAGAAUUUUGCAGCACGUGUACAGAGAAAAACACAAACGCCCAUGUGCUUGAUGAUAACCCGUUUACAUUCUGGGUGAUCCCAAGUCUUCACCACGCCUGGACAGUGUUUGAUCUACAGCAGGACCACACCAUCACGGGCAUCACGCUGUAUGGCUGGCACAGUACUCAGAUGGUGAAGAAUUUUGAACUGCAGAAAUCGGAUAACGUGAAGGGUCCCUGGAGCACCUGUCUGUCCGGAGUGUGCCAACUGGAGGGCAGCACAGACCCAAAAGAACCUGGGGCACCCCAGACAUUUAAGGGUUUCGAGGUGACGUGUCAGUACCUUCGCCUCUACAUCCGCAACAACCACGGCGGCAGCUGCAUCUGCUUCCAGGGGGCCCAGCUACACGGCGUGGAGGGGAAGGUGAGCUCCAUCUUGGACAGCAGCAACAUCGUCGACAACAAAGACAACAUCAUCUGCCAGGAAGCCAACACAUACCUGAGGCUACUGAAGAUGGAGGAUGAUGCAAUUAAAAAGAUCUGUGGGUCCGAAGAUACAACAGAAUUACUUAAAACGCUUCAGAAUUUGAGAGAAAAUGAAUUCCCUCUGUCCACCCUUGACUGGCUCCGAGUGCCGAUCACGCUGACAAGAGCAGAGGAAGAGCUGCCCGACUUCAGCGUGCAGUCCGACCCCGAUGUCUGCCAGAUGGUGGAGGCGUAUGUGGACGGCGGCAGGCUGGCGGGAAACACCCGUGUCAGACUCAUUCCUAGCGACAACGAUGAAGCAUCCAUCGCCAUCUUCUCGGGCAUCUCAUUCAAAACAGCUGGAAGUUUUGGCAUCAAAGUUCGCAGCCUGGCCAACCCAGAACUGUUUGUGGAAGCUCCGGAAGUCAUUGAAGUCCGUCCCGCCAAGAAAUCAACAAGUGAAAUUGAUGCAGCAUUUGACGAGAUUCAGAACAUGCUUCAAGAUCUGACAUUUUGAACGGGAAACUGGUGUCAUGUGACAAGUCAUGUGACACAGUUACAAUCUCAAGACUGAAGGACUUUAGUACAAGGCACCAUAUGUACAAAGCUAUAGAUCAGCUAUCCUGUCACCGUAGACUGCCUGACUGUUGUGUUUAUGUACAAGGCUUGGUGUACAAAGUACAAAUGUACAAGGUGAUAUCAGUCAAGGCAUAGCAGCUAUCAUGGCUAUGCACUGUGGAUAUUUCCUUCAAAGUUAUAACCAGAAAAAAUGGCAACAGGGUUGUAUCACCUGUGUGUUUCUGUAUCAACAUGUGUGAACGUGUGAGUACACAUGUGCUCAAUACACCUAGGUGUAUUUAUGUGUCCAGAUGUCUGUAUAUGUGAUACCUGUCCAUGAUGUACCUGUUUGUAUGUAUGUAUCGUCCUGUAGGUAAAUGUGUUAUGCCUGUGCACAAAACACCUGAGCGUAAUUAUAUUUUGUUGUGUUAGGACCUGUGUCCCUCAUUCGCUGUUGUGUAAGUUUAUAAUGUCAGCUACGCCAGUGUGUUUGUUUGAAGGUAUACUGUGAAUCUUGAACUUAAAUGAAAUUCUUGAGCGUGAAUUAAAUGCGAAAAAUGCGAGUGGUCUUCGCUUGCAUUGAUUAAACCUUGCAAUUGUAUCUCAAAAUGACUAUCAACAAUAACACAGGCUUCACAUUUUGGACAGCAGAAAUACCAUAAAAACAUAAACCUUGGACAUAAAAAUAAACAACUAUAUAUUUUCCACAUCACUGUUUUUUGAGCAGCACUUGUAACAAGUACAUAAUAAUGUCAUUCAAACACAAGCCAUUUACUCUAUAUAUACUAGUAAUUUCACUGGGGUGGGGGGUCACAUUCAUAUCAGAGACCAUAUCGGUGUAUGGUCUCUGUUCAUAUUGAGUUGUAUUUUUGGCUAGGGGCCAGCAGUCGCGACCCGUGAAGAUUCUGGGGUAGAAUAGGUCUUCAGCAACCCAUGCUUGCCGUAAAAGGCGACUAACGGGAUCGGGUGAUCAGGCUCGCUGACUUGGUUGAUGCAUGUCAUUGAUCCCAAUUGCGAGGAUCUAUGCUUAUGAUAUUAAUCACUGGAUUGUCUGGUCCAGACUCAAUCAUUAUAGGCCGCCAUCAUAUAGCUGGAAUAUUGCUGAGUCCGGCGUAAUACAACUAACCAAAUAACCAAAAUAUGUAAGCUGUGCAGAGUUGCAUCCCUUGGGCACGGUCAUUGUUGUGGUCUUUCAGUCCAGCCAGGCUGUCACUGACCUGCUGGUUGUUGCGUGUUCAUCACCUUAUGUUACUCCAGCCAUGUGUUCUAUGUACCCCAUCAGUUAUCUCCCUUGUGUACACCUUCCAUUCACACCCUCCAUGUGUGUUCUAUAAACCAUGGAUAUAUCGUUAUACAUUGAUACCAUAACCAAUUACAGGUGAUGUGAUGAUGCAAUGAAAUGUAAAUGGCAUAGAGUGUUUUUCCAACAAAAUGUUCUUGCUGUCUUGCCUAAUACUACAUACAUGUAUAUAUGUACAUACAAUAAGGUCCACAAUGGCUUGGUGGAUAUAAGCAUUAAAUAGAACAUUGUAGUGAAGUGUCUUCGCUAGAUCAGGAGCUUUGUUGUGUGUCUGUAAGCAUGAGGGCGGUCGGGUAGCCUAGUGGUUUAAGCGUUGGCUCGUCAUGCCGAAGACCCGGGUUCGAUUCCCGACAUGGGUACAAUGUGUGAAGCCUAUUUCUGGUGUCCCCCGCCGUGAUAUUGCUGGAAUAUUGCUAAAACCAUACUCACUCACUCACUCACUGUAAGCAUGUAUGUUAAUACAGGAGGGUGUGGCAUUGGUGGUCCAGAGGUCAAGGUCACCCCAAGGUAACCAGGAUCUGCUGAUCUGGGAUUCCAACAUUGUUAUGAUUCUUAACCUGUCAGAGCCAUACCUGUGUUUGGAGGUUACAUUUAACGAGUAAGUGGCUUUUAUAGGUCACUUUGGGCUUCUCUCCUAUAUAAGCGGACAUGUGACAUAAUUUGUAUGCUGUUCAAAUUGACAUAAACCAAACUCACUCACUAAUCCUGUAGAUAUGGAUAAUAUUUACAAACUAUACCACUAACAAAAAGUAAUGCUUAUAUAGAAAUAUGAAAGAAUCGGGUGGUCUUUAACUGUUUUAGCUGUCGCUAUUUUAUAUCAAUAUCAGACGAGUGUUCAUGUGAAAUUUCUGUUUAUAAUAAGAGGAAAUUACAGUAUUAUCAAUGAAGAAGUUAAAAUUUACAAGUGUUGAAAUGAGAGUUCCAUUUGCAGACAGAUGCACUAGUAGUGAUGCGAACUGUUCAUUCUCAUAAGUAGGAUGUCUGUUUCCAUGCCUACAAAUACCCCCUCCCCAUCUCAAUGCAAGCUCUUCAAAAAUAGAUGUCAGUAAAUGUAUGCUGGACUCCAGAUAGUAUUUGAGCCAUUGAGUUGACUUCUAAAACAUGUGUUUGUUUGCUGCCCCAAGUGGUGAACAUACUUAGUAUAUAACAAUAUAAAUGUGUAAUUAACAAUACGCAACAUGUGGUGUUAAAUGCUGUUAAUGAUAUUUCAUUAUUUUAUCUCAAGUGAGAAAUUUGACCUUUUUAUUGGUCAUGUUUGUUUUAUGAUUUAAUGCAAUGAUUAUGAUCACAUUGCUUUUAAUAUGUAAUAAUAUUCAUUGAGCAAGUCAUCUUUCAAUGAGAUAAUCCUCAAACACAUCGCCAUAACAUACAAAUAUUACCCAUUGUGGCACUGUAUUCAGCUGCAUAUUGAUGAAAUGUGUAUAAGAAUAGAAUUAAAAAAAUAUUCUUCAAUAUUUAAUGAAGUCAGUGGUGGUCUAAAUAUAAUCUAAACAGCUGAUGGACCAAUCCAAGUUCAAUACCUCAUUGUUGGUGUCACCAGCACCUGCCACUCCUAUUUAUUGUUGAAUUGGUUCUUAAAGAAUGAUGAUGGAUACUGUAUUCAAGUCAUUGCUACAUUGUGAACAAGGGAUAGCAACAAAUAAAAUGUACCUACAUGUAAGCAGCAAAUAUACAUGUCAUAUGACAAACACCAGCGAGUGUUCCUGUCCAUGGUCAUCCUAAUUUACUUGGCCCAUGAAGAUCCAGGGUAGAAUAGGUCUUCAGCAACCCAUGCUUGCCGUAAAAGGCGACUAACGGGAUCGGGUGGUCAGGCUCGCUGACUUGGUUGAUGCAUGUCAUUGAUCCCAAUUGCAUG